ACUCACCCUUCCUUCUUCGUCACUCUUCAAACCCUCAACACUUCUAUAGCAAUCUUCGAUGUCUUGGCAUUCGGACUAAAAGGUUCUCUACGCUUGUUUAUGGACAUCUGCUGUCUAUCCCUAUGCGUGCUCUAAGCAUUAUUUUAGGGUAUCCUUCCACUGGACUUGCUCUCUCUCAUACAUCUGAGAUGUGGAAGUUUGAUUUCAAUCUUCAUGUUGAAGGCUCCAAGUUCUCUGGACAGCCAGCUGACUCCACCUUCGAAGUCUUCCCUGCUUCUCGCUUAUGUCCUAAACUCAGAAUUUUUCACUAUUUCCUGACUCGUGUGUUACUGCCUCGUGGAUUCUCUAGAGAUCAAGUUCUUCCUCUUGAUAUCUGGAUCCUUUCUCAUGCUACAACUGGUCAGAAACUUGAUUAUUGCUCACUUUUAUUCGGAGCUAUGAUAUCGCCAGGAGAUGGGUAUCUGCCUUUUGGAGGGAUUGUCACCACUCUUCUCGCAAAUAUAAACAUCAACAUCUCAGGUUUUCGAUCUCAAUCCCCUACCAUUCAUCUUAGUGCUAGAAAUGUACUGGCCUGCUUGGGAUUUCAAGUUCCUCCAUCUCCUACUCGGACUCCAUUACGCGCUCCUGCCAACCUUGGCCUUUUCUUUGCCCUAAAUGACUCCUCAUCUGAGUCAUCUGAUGAAGAACUUGAAGCUGAUCCUAGCUCCCCAGUUCCUGGUCCUCCUCAGUAGUGGAUGGCAGAUCUCAGGGGGAACUUUUGCUGCAUAUUCCCAGGGGGAACUUUUGUUAACGAUUGCAUUAUCUUUUAGAAUGUUUUGUGUCUUUCCAGCUUAGUUUGCAAUCUGUAUGUGAUUGCUAGACUUAUUUUGAUGUUUGAAUAUUUUGCAAUCCGUGGGUGAUUGCUGGACUUAACUUGGAUACUUCGAAUAUUUUGCAAUCCAUGGGGGAUUGCUGAACUUAUGUUGUUUACCUUGAACAUUUUGCUAUUAGUUGUGCUUGGGUAUGUUGGUUGCUUUGUGUUUCUUUUCAGAAUCUCUCGAAAAUGGAGGAACGGCUGAAGGGGGAAAUUUUGAAAUGAAACCUCAGCCAAAACGACGCUACUGCCGCUGGAGUACGCUGCUGCCACUAAAGUCUCAAACGACGCCGCUGCCAAGAUGACCAUACGACGCCGCUGUCAACUAAUCGAUGAUGCUGAUCUCUAAAACCCUGGACUGGCUUCGUUUCUAUCAGCCUUAUCCUUCAUCUUCAUCCUCAACACCCAAAAGCAAAAGAAGAACCACUUUCUCCAAGCACCAAGAUCGCCUACAACCUUGUGCUUCUCAAAAGUGUGGCUACAUCAACGGAUCUCCUUCAACGGUCCUGAAGACAAUUGCCUAUUUAAAGCUUUCUCCACAUGAAGAAGGGCAACGGUUGCAGCUUGAAUAGCAGAUCUAUUAGGUUGUCAAGGGUCCGGGUAUUUCGAACAAUCUUCAGUUUCCUCAUCUAUAGAGAAUGAUUCUGGGUAGAUAGGAGUGGGAAGUUUGUUCGGUUCUCUCUUUCACCGAUCAUCCAUAUGUUUUUCUUUCUUUCAAUUGUAUUUUGCUUGUCUUUCCCUUUCAAAAAGCGGUCAUAAUGACUGCAGAAUAGCUUCAGUAUCUUAAUCAAAUUAGUUUCCUUCAGUCCUUUCUUUGAGUUCUUCUCUAAAAAGCUAACACCUAAAUUGCAAUUCCACCCAGCCUAGAAUCUCAAAACGGUGUAAAAAGCAGCCCGUUAAGUGCAAAGAGGAAGAGGUAUGCUGCGGUGAAGGAGUCUCGUCAGGAAAAAGAUAUGCACGGGCAAAAAUGUUUUGUUAUUGAAAACUCAUAUCCAUAAACAAAGGCAUUUGAUUAAA